AUGGCCUCUCGCGCAAUCCCGUCGCACCUCAAGCCUUCCUCUGCCGCUGGCAAGGAUGAGGGCGGCUUCAACUCGCAGCGCCACCACGGCAAGUCGCAGUCCCACGUGGCCUUCGAGAACACAUCCACCAACGUUGCAGCUUCGCAGAUGCGAAAUGCCCUCAACAAGCUCGCCGACACGGUCGAGGACCCCGCCGAGAAGAAGGUGAGCCUCAUGCCCAAGCACACCCCGCUGUAUCUCAUGGAUUCUCGGCGAGACUCGCAUGAGCUUCUCGCCGCCAGUGACGGAUAUGGCAAAGUGCACGUACGUCACGCGAACUACUUCGAGACGGAAAUGGACAACUUCUUCGCCCUGUUCCGACGAUACCUUAACGACAAGGCCAAGGGCACCGCCAUUGACUGGAACCGCAUCGCGCCCCCGAAGGCCGAGCAGGUCGUCAACUACGAUGACUUGGCCAACUCCGAGGCCGUCGAAUACCUAAACAAGUUGGCCGUCGUCAAGCUCAACGGUGGUCUCGGUACCUCCAUGGGCUGCGUUGGCCCCAAGUCGGUCAUCGAGGUCCGCGAUGGCAUGUCUUUCCUCGAUUUGUCAGUACGCCAGAUUGAGUACCUCAACCGCACAUACGAUGUCAACGUGCCGUUCGUCCUGAUGAACUCGUUCAACACCGACACCGACACGGCAAGCAUCAUCAAGAAGUACGAGGGACACAACAUCGACAUCCUCACCUUCAACCAGUCGCGCUACCCACGUAUUCUCAAGGAUUCGCUGCUGCCCGCGCCCAAGAACAACGCCUCAGACAUUGCCAACUGGUACCCUCCGGGUCACGGUGACGUUUUCGAGUCGCUGUACAACACUGGCAUGCUCGACAAGCUCCUUGAGCGUGGCAUUGAGAUUAUUUUCUUGUCCAACGCUGAUAACUUGGGUGCUGUCGUCGAUCUCCGUAUCCUCCAGCACAUGGUCGACUCCAAGGCUGAGUACAUUAUGGAGCUGACCGACAAGACCAAGGCUGACGUCAAGGGUGGUACCAUCAUCGACUACGAGGGCUCCGUCCGUCUGCUUGAAAUUGCUCAGGUCCCCAAGGAGCACGUCAACGAGUUCAAGUCGAUCAAGAAGUUCAAGUACUUCAACACCAACAACAUCUGGAUGGACGUAGCUGCUAUCAAGCGCGUCGUCGAGGCCAACGAGCUUGCCAUGGAGAUCAUUCCCAAUGGCAAGUCCAUCCCUGCCGACAAGAAGGGCGAGGCCGAUAUCUCUGUUCUGCAGCUCGAGACGGCUGUUGGUGCCGCUAUCAAGCACUUCAAGAAUGCACACGGUGUCAAUGUCCCCAGGCGGCGAUUCUUGCCCGUCAAGACCUGCUCAGAUCUCAUGCUCGUCAAGUCUGACCUCUACACCCUCCAGCACGGCCAGCUGGUGAUUGAUCCCAACCGCUUCGGCCCUGCCCCCUUGAUCAAGCUUGGCAGCGAUUUCAAGAAGGUGUCGAGCUUCCAGUCUCGCAUUCCUUCCAUCCCCAAGAUUGUCGAGCUUGACCAUCUUACCAUUACCGGACCGGUUAACCUCGGCCGCGGUGUUACGCUCAAGGGUACUGUCAUCAUUGUUGCGACCGAGGGCUCAACGAUCGACAUCCCCCCGGGUUCCGUUCUGGAGAACGUGGUCGUCCAGGGUUCGCUGAGGUUGCUCGAGCACUAAGCGUGUCGAUAGCGUUUUUGCAGUUUCGAGUAGAUAUACGAGGAUAAAGAUCUCCCUUGGGCGAUCGAUCAUGAGGGAUGACAUACAUGCAUUUAACAGUAGCUGAUGAAAAUAAUUCUCGAGGAUACUAGGAGGCGUCAGAAGGUGCACGCUCCUGACACCUCGCAACCGUAAUAGACAAAAUCAAUCUACAUACCCAGCAUCAAA